AUGGAAGGCGCUUUCACCCACCUCGGGAACCAUCUCAUUUCCGACUCUGCCGCUGCAAUAAACGCUGGCGCCGACGACCUCUCCAAUAUCGACCCGGACGAGAGCCUUCUUUACGGCCAAUAUGGAGGACGUGGUGGUCUAGGUCCCACUAGGAGACGGAACGACGACGAUGACAACGAGACUGAAGUUUUUGACGAUGAUGAUUCCGAGAGCCUGGCGAGUAUGCCAGUGGAGGGAAUGAAGACUUUGGGUCUCAGAGGAGUGGAGGACGAGAAGGAACUUCCAGCACAUGCUUGCGCAUACUGUGGCAUCCAUUCCCCAAGUUGCGUCGUCAAGUGUCUAGGAUGUAGCAAGUGGUUCUGCAGUGCUCGAGGAAACGCCACUUCUUCCCACAUCGUCAACCAUCUGGUCCGCGCGCGACACAAGGAAGUCCAGCUUCAUCCGCUUUCCACGCUCGGAGAUACGGUCCUCGAAUGUUACAACUGUGGUACAAAGAAUGUGUUCUUGCUUGGGUUCAUUCCUGCAAAAUCCGACACGGUUGUUGUACUCCUCUGUCGCCAACCUUGCGCCUCUGCACCGUCCUCGAAGGAUAUGAGUUGGGAUAUUUCAAGAUGGCAACCACUAAUCGAAGAUCGCUCAUUCUUGCCUUGGCUUGUAUCAGUGCCUACAGAUGCCGAGCAGCUUCGUGCGAGACAUUUGACCCCGCCAAACAUCGCAAAGCUGGAGGAGAUGUGGAAGGACAAUGCGAAUGCUACCAUUGCUGAUCUGGAGAAGGCCGCUGGAAUCGAUGACGAGCCAGCUCCUGUUCUCUUGAAAUACGAUGAUGCAUACCAGUACCAGAAUGUCUUUGGCCCCCUUGUCAAGAUCGAGGCAGACUACGAUCGCAAGUUGAAGGAAGCUCAAUCUGAGGAUGGUUUGGUCAUUCGAUGGGAUUAUGGUCUCAACAACAAGCAUCUAGCCAGCUUUGUUCUUCCCAAGAUUGAGUUAGGAGAUGUCAAGCUUGCAGUUGGUGAUGAAAUGCGCCUGAAGUAUAAGGGAGAGCUACGACCAGUUUGGGAGGGUGUGGGAUAUGUCAUUAAGAUUCCAAACAACCAAUCUGACGAGGUCACGAUCGAACUGCGAAAGGUUGGCAACGACAAGUCUGUACCUACGGAAUGUACCCACAACUUCUCAGCCGAUUACGUUUGGAAGGCCACUUCGUAUGAUCGCAUGCAGUUCGCCAUGAAGACUUUCGCUGUUGACGAGAUGAGCGUUUCUGGAUACAUAUUCCACAAGCUUCUCGGCCACGAAGUCGCGGCAGCCCCUAUGAAGAUUCAGAUGCCCAAGAAAUUCAGUGUUCCUGGUCUUCCUGAAUUGAACAGUAGUCAAAUCAAUGCUGUCAAGAGUGUCAUCCAGAAGCCUCUCAGUCUGAUUCAAGGCCCACCUGGAACCGGAAAGACAGUCACAUCAGCCACCAUCAUCUACCAUCUUGCCAAAGUCAACGGAGGUCAAGUCCUUGUCUGUGCACCAUCCAACGUUGCGGUUGAUCAGCUCUGCGAGCGUAUACACCGUACUGGAUUGAAGGUCGUUCGUCUGACAGCCAAGUCGCGUGAGGAUGUUGAAUCUUCAGUUGGCUUCCUCUCUCUUCACGAGCAGGUUCGCAUGAAUGAUAGCAAUCUCGAACUGACCAAGCUCUCCCAGCUGAAGAGCGAACUUGGCGAAUUGUCCAGCCAGGAUGAAAAGAAGUUCAAGACUCUGACCCGCGCUGCAGAGCGUGAGAUUCUGAGCAACGCAGAUGUCAUUUGCUGUACCUGCGUUGGAGCUGGUGAUCCUCGCCUCGCCAAGAUGAAGUUUCGAACUGUAUUGAUCGACGAAUCCACCCAAUCAGCCGAGCCAGAAUGCAUGAUUCCAUUGGUUCUUGGAUGCAAACAAGUUGUGUUGGUUGGAGAUCAUCAGCAGUUGGGUCCAGUCAUAAUGAAUAAGAAGGCUGCCAAAGCUGGUCUCAACCAAUCCCUCUUCGAACGUCUGGUCAUUCUGCGCGAGCACCCUAUUCGCCUCAACGUCCAGUAUCGUAUGCAUCCUUGUCUUUCCGAGUUCCCGUCGAACAUGUUUUACGAGGGCUCGCUUCAGAAUGGUGUUACCAUGGCGCAGAGACUUCGCCGUGAUGUCGACUUCCCAUGGCCCGUUGCCGAUUCUCCCAUGAUGUUCUGGUCUAAUCUCGGCAACGAAGAAAUCUCAGCUUCCGGUACUUCAUACCUCAAUCGAACUGAAGCCUCCAACGUUGAAAAGAUUGUCACUCGUUUCUUCAAGGCUGGCGUUCAGCCUGCAGACAUUGGUGUCAUUACUCCAUACGAGGGCCAACGAUCAUUUGUUGUCAGCUCUAUGCAGAAUACGGGAACGUUCAAGAAGGAGAGCUACAAGGAGAUUGAAGUUGCUUCCGUUGAUGCUUUCCAGGGUAGAGAGAAAGACUUCAUUGUCUUGUCCUGCGUUCGUUCCAACGACCACCAGGGUAUCGGUUUCUUGAGCGAUCCCAGACGACUCAAUGUAGCCUUGACUCGUGCCAAGUACGGACUUGUUGUUCUCGGUAAUCCCAAAGUCCUGUCCAAGCACCCACUUUGGCAUUACCUCCUGCAACAUUUCAAGGAACGCAACUGUCUCGUUGAAGGCCCACUUUCCAACCUGCAGACCUCUCUGCUUCAGUUCAGCCGCCCCAAGGCAACCUACCGCGGACCUCAACGCUACCAAAUGGCUCACUCGGCAUUUAAUGGACAUCCUGGAGUCAAUGGUAAGAGCAAUCAAGAAUUCGAUGCUGGCUCUAUGAUGAGCUACAUCCCUGACGACGUCUCCUCGGUCCAUUCUUCUGCUCUUGGUGGUGUUGGGAUUGGUUCUGCCUACCCUCAGAUGUUCUCCAACUUCAACGGUGAUUCUUGGCCUGGUCUUGAUCCUCGAGGACGCAACAAUGGUCAGAAGGCUAGGGGUCGUGGCUCGGAGAGUAUUGCGGGCGAAUCUGUCGCAGCUAGCGAGCUCACUGAUGCAACCAGCAGCAUGAUGGAUGGCAAGGGCAUUGGUCAAGGUGGUGCUAGCUUAGGUGCCGGUCUUGGCGAUGCGCAGAAGCAGACUAGCUUAAGUCAAUCUGACCGUCUGAAGCGCUACAUCGAGUCUGGUGGUCGCAUGGCGGAUUACAAGACCGGUGAUGCGGGGAGUGUUUUUGGAAGUAGUUCCUUGUUGAGCGGUCGCCGCUUGGACGAUGAUGAGAAGAGUGUCUCCACUGCGUUUGCUAGCCAGGUUGGCGGCGGCUACGAUUGA